CGUGUGCUCCCCAAGUAAAUUUGCUUUGCGAUCGAGGCCUUGGGUGGCUUCUUGCUCGCUAUCAAAUUAGCGCUUAUACCGGGUUUUACUGCGUCGCCCAUCGCCGCUCAUCUCACCACUAUCACCUCAUCACCGUUCUCUGACUUUUCGACAUGCUAGGCGAAAUCAAGGCUGGCGUCGCACACGUCAGGUCGCUGCUGGCCGUCAAGAGGUCCAACGGCGACAAGUUUUCGGAAGACCUCCAAGCCAGCCUCGAGAGGCGCUACGCCAGCUGCUGGUAUCAAGACGACGCAGAGCGAGGCUCGGCCUCGAGGGCGCUUGUUUGGCACGGUCACGGUGGAGGUGAAGGUCUGGACGACGAUGUCAAGCGGGCCUGUCUUGCGGAGACAGCUCACCAGACUGACAACGUCCUUGACAUUCUCCCCACCGUUUUCACAAUGUGGAUCGACCCAAGCUGCGUCGCCAUCAGGAUGGGCGGAGGUCCAGGCACCUAUCUGUCGUCACCGUACCAACACCUCAACUCGACAAUUAACGUCGUGUGGGGCACGAUGCCCCUCUCGACGCCGUCGAUUGCCCCACCUGUGCCCGCGCCUACUCUCCGCGUGCUGGCCUCGACACCUGCACUGGACUCGUCGACAUGGACUUCAGGCAACAGCAAGGGUCUUGCUGCGCUCGACUAUCAUCACGCUCGGUUGCCUUCGACAGCCAGCAGCAUCGACAGCUUUGUCGCCGUCUCUCGCAGCUCGAGCAUGAGCAGCAGCGGUGACGAGAGCGAGCAAUCUUCGUGCCCUAGUCUAUCCUCCGCCUCGUCUUCCCACCGUGACAACAAUGACUCCGAUAGUGAGCUGUCUAUCGAGGACAUGGUCGGAAAUGGCUGCUACGGUCACUUUGACAUCAUCGAUGAUGAAGAUGAUCAGCAAGAGGAUGCCGGUGAUGUCACCAUCACGCCGCAGGACGAUCUUGAUGUGACCCUUGGUCAGCUCCCGACGCCAGGCGAUGCAUCGUGCGAGUCGUGGAACAAUCCUUGGCAGCAACAGCAGCAGCAAGGAAAGAGACAACCCCGUGUCGAGGCCAACAAGAUCAACUACACCAUCCACGACGGUGGUAAUGUUGGCGUCCUUGGUGGCGGCGUCCGUCUCGGAGGCGGUGGCACGUCUUCCAAGAGCCUUACGCCCCGUCCUCAGCAACAGCUCCAAUCUUCUUUUUCGACCCCCAUGCCCCCGGCACCAGUGCCAGUGCAUGUGCAGCUCGCGCCUACCGCAUACCGGCCUGAGCUCCACGACCACUACGGUGCUCCUCCUCCGUACACAGCGAAGCCAGCCUAUUACAUCGAGCAGCAACACCAGCACCAGCAUCAGCAGCCACAACAGCCUCACGGCUUCCACCCUUCCUACCCGGCUUACUACCCAGGCCUGCCCGGUCACCCUCCCUUUGACGUGGCCCAGCAGCAAUACCUUGCCGACAUGAUGAUGCGACCCAAGCGCAUUCGCUCACGCGGUCGCCGCUCUCGUGGCCGUGGCGCUGGAAGGGCAGCACGUCGACAAGCAGCAGCUGCCCUCAAGGCUCUGGGAGAAGAGGUCGACUACGAUUCCGUCACAAGCGGAACGCCUUCGACAAUGACGGGCUCUUCCUGCUACGAUGACGACGAAGAGGAAGAAAAUCACGGCGAGAUCACUUUCCGCAACCACGAGAUUACCAAUGAGGCAGGCAAUGCCUUGGGUCUCAUCAACCUCGAACGCCCCUCGACGCCCGUCUCGAAAGUCAUGCUCGACUCGUCCCUCGAGGCCACGCCUACCGCACCGGUCAAGACGGACGAGGAGACUAUGGCACUUGUCCGCCAGCGUGCAGAACAGGUCGCCAACGAUCUCGCCAGUCGCCAGGACGCUGAGCGCGACGAGCGUGUCCGCUUGGCGAAAGCCAAGUUCCAGGCGCAGGCCGCCCACGCGCACGCCCAGCUCAUGAUGCUCCAGGAACAGACCAGGCGCCCUCAGCACCACGGUCUCCAGCCCUACAGCUACGCAGCUGCCGCUGCGCAUUGAUGAUGCUGCAACAGACAGACUCUCCCCAGCUCGCAGUGCCGCGACGUGUUUCGCCUCUGUGGAAACACACACCGCGGUCGCGCACUCCAACCCCAUUAUCAUCGUACAGUAAAAACUUCUCGCCUUCUCUACCUUUUAUUUUUGAUAAUACUACUAGCAGCGACCUAGCCAAAGCGGUCAGCGUCCUCAUCUCUACAUACACACACUCACUCAACUCUGUUCAUACCGGCAAAGAAAUACUCUCGAGUCCGAUUAAUUAUCAAAUAGUGAAAUCCCAUUCUAUCUCUUCUUUGCCCACCGUCGGAGUCUUCUUUCUCGACCAAG